AUGGCAUCCGUUGCGAGAUCCCUUACUACCUGCAUCUUUUGCAAGAUUGUCAAGGGUGAGAUACCGAGCUUCAAGCUCGUCGAGACCGAUCUUUCAUACUCCUUCCUUGACAUUGGUCCACUCUCGAGGGGUCAUGCCCUCAUCAUUCCCAAAGAUCACGCAGCUAAGCUCCAUGAACUUCCUAAUGAAUAUUUAGCCGAUGCUAUGCCCAUCGCGAAGAAGAUCGCCGUGGCUCAAGGUUUGGAGAACUACAAUAUCCUACAGAACAACGGUCGUAUUGCCCACCAGGAAGUUGACCACGUCCACUUCCACGUUAUCCCCAAACCUUCUGCAAGCGACGAUGAGGGUCUGGUCGUUGGAUGGCCAGCUAAGCCGGCUGACAAGGAAGACCUGAAAGCCCUACAGCAGGAACUGGUCGAUAAACUGAGCAAAUUGUAG